GAUUGUAGCGCUGUACGGGUCGCAAUGGCAACCGCUCACAGAGGACGGAAGAAGCAAGUUUUAUCGCGCUGUUAAAACAUGUUUAAUACCACGAACGCGAAAGAGGACGACAGGGAAACUACUUACUAAUGUGAAAGAUACACGCCGCGGCAUUUGUUCUGUCCUAAAAUGUCACAGGGAUGUACAAUUUCUGUGGAAGAGAUCCAGUCUUGGUGGGAAGUCCCCGCCAUAGCCCACUUCUGCUCGCUGUUCAGGACAGCCUUCAACCUCCCGGACUUUGAAAUCGAGGAGCUGGAGAAGGCCCUCUCAGAGCAGGAUGUGGACUUCCUUGGAGAUCUCAUUGCUUGUUUGCUGCAGGGAUGCUACCAGCGGCGAGAUAUCACGUCUCAUGGAUAUAGCAGUUACCUGAAUGACAUCAUCAGCUACAGAUGGGAACUAGAAGAAGGGAAGCCCAACCCCCUCCGCGACAGUUCUUUUGAGGACCUGCCUGUCCGCACUCAGGUGGAGCUGUUGCACCGCCUCUGUGACUAUCGCAUGGACGCUGCCGAUGUUUUUGAUCUGCUCAAGGGCCUGGAUGCUGACAGUCUGAGGGUUGAACCACUGGGGCAAGAUGGAGAUGGAGCCCUCUACUGGUAUUUUUAUGGCACCCGCAUGUACAAAGAAGAGCCUCUCAGAAGAAAGUGUGAAAAGGGCAGUGAGAGCCCUGCUUCAACGUCGUCUGCCUCCACAUCGUAUGCCUCUACAUCAUCAGAGAAAAAGCGGAGAGGAAGACCAAAGAAGAGGCACUUUGAAGACUUUCAGCAAAGUGAUACAGAAAGUGAAGGGAAACUUGAUAUCGAUAUACUGGAUUCCUCCCCUGUGAGAUUUGAAUAUAAAACUGAGCGUAGACGUGGGGCCUGGUCUCUUGUGUGCGACACUGAGGAGCAGUGGGUCAGUCUGGCAGACAGCUUUAAGGACAAGAGCUCCUCAAGAGAUCGCCACCUCCACCACGUCAUCACCCACAACUUCCUCCCUGAGAUCAGCAACAUGAUUGAGCACAAGGAGCGGGAACAGAAGCAGAAGCUUCUCAACCCAAACCCAGUUAGAACGUCAGAAAAGUUCUCUCAAAAACACGUGAAGCAGGAAGAGGAGGAUAAAUUGUCAGAAGAUGAGAACAAAGAUGAAGAUCUUGAUAGACAAGUUCUACUGGCAGAACAGAGGCGAGAGGAAGAGAGACUUCUUCAAGAGGAACUACAGCGAGAAAAGAUGGAGAAGAUCAAAGCUGCGGAGGAACGGGCAAAGAGAAGGAAGAUGCGUGAAGAGAGGGCCUGGUUGCUCUCUGAGGGAAAAGACUUGCCACCAGAACUCCUAAACUUAGAGCCUUCUUCCCGGUCCAAAGGAAACGCAGGAGCAAAGAACUCUAGUGAUAUUGAUGAUGACUACACUGCUUUAUACAAAGUUCUGGAGGCACUCAAAGCCCAUAAAGAUGCUUGGCCAUUUUUGGAACCUGUGGAUGAAUCGUAUGCCCCCAAUUACCAUGAAAUUAUUGAGACUCCUAUGGAUCUGUCUACUAUUGAGAAGAAACUCGGUGAUAGCAAGUAUGUUGGGAAAGAAGAGUUCGUAGCAGAUGUGAAGCUCAUGUUUGAAAAUUGCCUUGAAUACAAUGGCGAAGACAGUGAAUACACCAUCAUGGCAGAAUCCCUCGAGCGAUGCUUUAACCGGGCUAUUUUGAAACACUUUCCUUCCGAAGAUGGAGACACAGAUGAAGAAUUUCAAAUUCACAAAGAUGAAAAAGAGCGGAAAGACAAAAAACGCAGUCGUGGAAAUAAAACUGCAGGUCCGGAAAGUCUGAUUAAGGCUACAGAGCAGGCACAACGAAACGCAAACACACCUGUGGAAGAAAAUGAUAAUAAAUUAACUCGACCACCUUGGACCAAUACACCUCCCUUUAGCCAUCUUCCAAAUCAGCAGCAGGUUCAUCCCAGGGACAUCAGGGGCAUGUAUCACCCUGGGCAACAGCUUCAGAGGCCUCAUGGUCCCCACAUGUUUGGCCAAAGAAUGCCUAUGAAUGCUCACUUCAAUUAUCCAAAUCAGAUGCUAAGGAAUGGAGACCCCAACGCACUACGUCACAGCUUUAACAUGCAGCAUCAUAUGUUGGCGGGACAUCACAUGGGUGCCAGGUAUCCAAUGGGCCCUAAUCCUACACCUGUACAACCAGGACCGCACCAUCCUUACAUGGGCCCCACACAUGGCCCUUCACUCGGGCCCCGUCCUGUGGCCCUUCAGCCAGGGCCUCCCCCAGAAGCCAGCAUCUAUCCCUCCCACAACCAGCUUGAGGGCCACACCAUGCCCCAUCUGCCCAACAGGUUCCCUAGGCCAGAGGGCCCACCACAGCACAACCAUCCUGGGAUGAGGCCUCCUGCUAUUGGACCACCACAUUUGUGGGAUAGCUUGACUCACCGUGGACAGGAAACCCCUGGUGGGAUGUAUAUGCAGGACCCCAGUGCAAGGAACCAGCGCAACUUCAGCUAUGGUGGAAUGCCUCCUCCAGUGGGGCACAAACCAUGGCCCGAAGCUGCUGGAUACCCCCACCCUCCCCCCAAUGCCCAGUAUCAAAUGUCUGCUUCAGGCAACGGCCCGGGGCCCAUGUCCUCACAUCCCCCUGGGCCCAAUCCAGAGUUGUCAGGCAGGACCGCUUUGGCCUCGAUGCUGGAAAGCCCAGAAAUGCUGGCCUUACAGCAGCUGUCAGCGUCCUCUGGACCCCCCUCUGCUGCCCCACGUCCACACAUGGGCAUCUAUGAACAGUCUGGCCCCCCUUCAGAAGUUGGCUGUGGCCCAGCUCAGCCCUCUCAGAGCCUCCCCCCUGGACACCAGCUUCAGCUGCCACAUCCUGCCUCACACAAUGGGCCAGACAGACAGCCAUCUCAGCAGACAGACACACCGCCCACAGGCUCAGGGCCAGAGACAAAAAUGCCCUCCAAUAGUUGUGUGGACAGUGCUUGGGCACACAAGGUCACUGUCCUUAAGGACCAGGAAACAUUGUCUGUCACAAAUGUUCAUCCAAAUGGCCCCUUGGAUGACCUACACAGUCCUCAGGGAGGAUGUGAGAAUGUGAAUGGAGUAGGUUUGUUAGGCAGACCUAAACCAGCACAAGGGGCCAUCAUAAUGAAUUCAGCAAACUUAAACUCAAGCAAUGGCAGCUCCCGGAAUCCACAUGCCAGGCUUCCUCAACAUGUUUUAGUCCACACUUCUCCACAGAAAAUCUCAAGUCCAGCGCUUUUGCCAGAGACUGAUUCUUCAUCACCAAACCCUGCACAUCAAACACAAGAGAGACACUUUGAUAUUACAAAUAAACAACAAGAACAGCAGCAACCUUUUGUAAAACAGCAGUUACAGGGAACAUCUCCUCAGAACAUACAGAGUCCACACACUGAUCCAUUUCCACACAGCACCUCCAGAAGGCCAAAGGCACAAGGCAGCCCCAGUGAUACACUAGGGCAGCCUUCCUCUUUCUCUGGUCUGCCUUCAGGACCCCCAGUACCACUGACCCAGCUUAGCCCCACAGGCCAAGAAGCUCCCAGCCUCUCUGAGCCCAACAGUAGAUCCAACACAGAGCCAGAUAUGAAGUCUGCUCCUAUUAAUGGUGUUCACAAGAACCAGGCCUUCAGCCCAAGCAGCCAUCAACAGCAGCCCAUGGGAACCAACUCUGCUUCAAGGGCUCUCACAAUGAGCCUUAAUCCCCCCAUACCCUGCCAUCCUCAAGGACACAUGAAUGAGGCUAUGGGUUCAUACAGCAUGAGCAAUCCCUCAUUUAACCCAGCAAAUAGACAUCUUCACCCAUACCACAGUCAGCCUUACAAUCCCCACCACUGUGCAGCUCCACGUGCCAACUAUCAGGGAAGCCCGUACCCCUAUCAUGCAUCUCCUGGGCAGCCACCCCCCCCAUGCCAACAUGUACGCUGCUCCACAGUACCCCUACCCUCAUGCACAGAGCCAGGGCCAUGGUCAGGCCAAUGGCAGAGGUGGCUUUCCUCCAGAGACUGGCAUCGCUCACAAUAUCAGCCUCACCAGCCUAUGCCCUCCAAUGCUUACCUCCCUGCAGCCGGUGCCAAAGGUACCAGUCAGGCCAGGGAAAGUAGCAUGUCCCCAAUGGGCUCAGAAGGCUCCAAUGGAGCUACCCUUAUUUCCCCUUGUCCUGUCGGCGAUGGGUUAGAGGAGCAGAGCAGAGUGAAUGGUAGUAGAGGCAGUCCUGCAGAGCAGGGAAUCUCAGAGGACAAAGGUGAGCAGCCUGAAAGCCCAAAAGAAAUCCUGGAUCUGGACAGUCACAAUGCAGCUUCACAGCAUGCCCCUCCUCUCCCUCGACAUCACCCCUCUGCAGCUUCCAUGGGGCCUGGCUUCAUGUACAGCCCCCGAUCCAUGCAUCCAGCACCACAGCACAUGAUGUCACAGACUCAAUGCAUGGGGAACAGGGCUCCUUAUCCCGGCCAGCCGUACCCUGAUCCAGGACACUACGCCCACAGACCUCACCCACACCUGAUGGAGGCACUGCAGCGACCACAGCAGCUACCACAGCAGCUGCCCUUCUCCCCUGCACAUAGCCGCAUGAAUGUGUACACAGCACCACAGCCCGGGCCACACUACCAGGGUAUGAUGGUCCAGAGAGGCCUGCCACCCGACCACUUUGUGCAUGCCAGCCAACAGAUGACCUUACCUGAUGGCUCUGGCAAUAAACAAUCUUAAAAAUCUAUUGAACUCUGCAAAUACUGUGGAGAGGGAAUUGGGCAUCUUCAGCACCAACACAUGUAUUUGUGACACUGGAUGUUGCCCCUAUGGAAACAAUAUGAAAAUGCUUAUGAGCCAUGACUUUAUUUGUGGGAUACACUGAAAGGGACUUUCUGCCAUUUACUGCCCCAUGUCCUGUAGCAGACAGGGAUGCAAAGGAUCCAGGAAUACUGUUCUUUGUAACCACUAGGCCAUUGUGCCUUAAGCAACACUGGACAUGUCUGAUACAGUGGAAUAUUUUGCCACUCUGUAGAAUUUGAGAGCUUUUGAGUACUUUAAUGAAGACAAACUGUUUUAUUACUGCAUUAGUCCACACUUUAUAAUUAACUCAGGUUUAACAAGAGGUACUAUUUGACAAAUCUAGCCAGCUUGAAGGCCCCCCUUACAAAUGCCUUGUUUUACUUUGUGAAUGUACGUGUGAAUGUUAAGUAGAAGUGCAGCAGGGUAGAACAUAAAACAUGUGAAAGGUUACAUCCUGAAAAGACUUUUAUUCUGUGCAUCAAAUUCUGCCCUCCAAGUGAAGAAUGUCUGACACACACUGUAUUCACCAGACCCCGCUCUAUAAUGCACUAUUAGGUGUAGAAACGUGGCCUUGGAUAGUCCUUUACAAACACCACAUUUUAUAUUAUUUUACUUAUGAGCACAACCUUCUCCAUUCUGUUUUUAUUUUUGCAUAAGAUGGGAGGUUUUACAGAGGAAAUGAAUUCAAGAAUAUGUGAUUUGUUUUUCCUCAGUCCCAAACUCUGUAAUGACUUUUACUGUUGAGUGUACUUCUUCAAAAAGGGUUCAACAAUCUUCAGAUAGUAAUGAGCUCUGUUUGCUGGUGUAUGCCCAUAGUAUGAACAUGGUAAUGGAUUUCAUGUAUGUGUUUUGUUCAUAGACUUCAAAUGGUAGUGCUUCCUUUUUUAACACUGAAUUUUUUCUCAGGGUGCGCAAUUGCUGUAUACGGGUACAUUUCUUAAUUGUUCACAGGAAUUUGACUACGCCUCUCCUAUUGACUAACCUUUUUUAACAGAAUCCAAUCAACCUCUCUGUUAGGGUUAUUAAAACUUAUCUGAUGUUAUAUUUCACAUUCCUUCUUUUUUCAACUUCAAAUUGGUCUUAGUUUAGUACCAGUGCUAUCUUUCUGUAGUCUGUAUUUAGGCCAAGUUUUGCCUUUUUCUCCAUCUCUGUUUAGUUCUGUAAUGCUAAACAUAUCUACCUCAUUGAGCCAGUGAGUAGCCACUUCCUCUACUGCCAGACACAUGUAAGUUAUCUUUGUGACUUAAAUGUGAUUGCAGUAGGCUUAUCUUAAAUUAUUUAGCUAUGUAGUUUUGACGGGCCAGUGUCACUGUAAAGUAACUUAUAAUUGCUUGUAUAUUACAAAAUUAUUAAUGAAAGACCACAAAAACAGGUUUUUAGAAAUCGCAAAAUACUUAACACAAGUAUCUGGCCACACAGGACUUUGGUUGUGUUAUUAAAAUGUGUUUCUAAGCAUUGACUGGAAUUGUAACAGUGUGUGCAGACAAGGCAUUGAAGGAUGCACUGAAGACCUUUUUCAUUCAGAUGAUUGUUUCUAUAAUUAGUGGGCCUGAUCAGGUCACAUUACUAGAUUUAAUUUGUACCAAUACAAAACCAGAGUUGAGGUGGUGGCACAGCCUGUAGUGUACAGAUGGGUGUAUGUGAGUGUCCUGUGUGGAAUCAGUAUCACAUGACUUAGUCCAUUCAGCUCUGUUUUUCUGCUGUCUUCUUUCUGCACAAUGGGGAAUGUGAUAAAAUGUGAAUCAUAUUUAUUUGCUCUUUAAGUUCAUUUGUUUUACUUGUACAUUUUCCCCUUGUUUUAAUAUGUGUGCUGUUGUUUUAAACUGUUCUAUACCUCUAUUGCUUUGACAAAAAGACCAGUAUGCUUCAUUUUAAGUGGCGUUUCAUAUCUGACUGAUGUAUAAUUUGUUUUCAAAUGGAUCAAAAUA